CAGUUUCUGUAACAUCUGAUCCACCAUGGCUGAUGACCUAGACUUCGAGACCGGGGAUGCCGGGGCCUCCGCCACCUUCCCUAUGCAGUGCUCCGCUCUCCGCAAGAACGGUUUUGUGGUGCUCAAAGGGCGUCCCUGCAAGAUUGUGGAGAUGUCCACUUCCAAGACCGGCAAGCACGGUCAUGCCAAAGUGCAUCUUGUCGGCAUUGACAUCUUCACUGGGAAAAAAUAUGAAGAUAUUUGCCCUUCUACCCACAACAUGGAUGUGCCCAACAUAAAGAGAAAUGACUUCCAGCUUAUUGGGAUCCAGGACGGGUACCUCUCACUGCUCCAGGACAGCGGGGAAGUCCGAGAGGAUCUGCGCCUUCCCGAGGGAGAUCUGGGCAAGGAGAUUGAACAGAAAUACGACUGUGGCGAAGAAAUCCUGAUCACCGUACUGUCUGCAAUGACCGAGGAGGCUGCUGUUGCUAUCAAGGCCAUGGCUAAAUAAAGGAACUACAGGGCAGCAGCAGCAGCAGCAGCUCCAACUUGUUAUGAACCAGAGAGGAACGCAACCCGCAGGCUGUCAGAUUUGGCUCCAAACCACCCAAAUCUUUUUUUUUCUCUCUCUCCCUUCCUUAAAAAAAAGAAAAGAAAAGCAAAAUCCACCCACCCUCCCUUUUGAAUUAAACAAAAGAAAAGAAACUUUUUAUUUUGUGGUCUUUUUAAAGAGAAAGCUGGAUGCUGAUGUAUUCCUUCAUCAUUAUUUUCUUGUUUGGUUCCCUCCCCCUCCCCACCUCUCGGGUGCUAGUAACACUACAGCUGUUUUCUGGCAAGAGAAGUUGAGAAUUUGCACUUAAAGGAAAAUAUUUAAACUGCUAGAAGGAGGAAGAAAAAAAACAUUGCAAAAGAGUCGUGUUUAAUUUUUUUAAUUUUUUAGUUUUAAUGCUUCUUAUAUAGAGGUGGUGCCGUUGGGGGGGGGAGGGAACGGCCCCUUUUUCAGGAACAACGAAGUGAGCAAAACCCCAUUGCGAAGUCGCAUUCUUAACCCUUUUCCGACGUGUCUGUUCUCGUGAGCAUUUCUGUCGAAGGCUGGUGGGAGGGGGGAAGCGUGGCUUUCCCGUCCCCUCCCUUUGGGAUGCUGUUCCCCCCCUCCUCUCAUUGGCGGUUGUGGUAGUCGGGUCAGUUCUCUUUGGACGGCAUCUUUCCCUGCGCUUGGAGGUUCCCCAUUCUACGUGUUUCUUUUGGGGAUCACUGCUCUGGUGGCUGAGCUUGCUUAACCCCCCCUCCUCAAAUCCCUUCUAGAGCACGAGCCCCUCCCCUCUCUCUGAAAGCCGUGGCGCUGGGGAGGCCCCUGCCAGCUGUGGAGCAUAGCGUGCGCGCACUCUCAAAGCAAGGGCAGAAUGGCUCGUGGUUGUCUGGUCAAGCGCACCCUUUGGGCCCCCCGCCCCUCUGGGCUCUGUCAAUCAUGUUCCAUUUCCUCCCUCUCCGCUCCCCCCCCUUCUAGUGCUGUCGCUGCCUCCCAGCCCUUCAUCCGGGGGCGCUCCAAUCUAGCGCCCGACCCCCUCUUCUGAGCCCUUCAUGCUGGGUCACUGUAUCCCCACCCAAGGUAGGGAUCUUCUGGGGUAACCAACUAGCACCCCAAACUGUUUCCUUGGUUCAUAUUUACUCUUCCUCUGCUGUUCACAGGUCAGCGCUGUGGCCUCUUCUUCCUCCCGUCCCUCCCUUCCUCCCCUGUUAAUCCAACACAUUUGUUAAUCAACCUCAAUAAAAACAAGUUUAAUAUGAAAA